AUGCGAAAAACAAACACAAAAAAAACAAGAAAAAGAGAAAAAAAGUUGUGUGUGUGUGUGUGUGUGUGUGUGUGUGUGUGUGUGUGUGUGUGUGUGUGUGUGUGUGUGUGUGUGUGUGUGUGUGUGUGUGUGUGUGUGUGUGUGUGUGUGUGUGUGUGUGUGUGUGUGUGUGUGUGUGUGUGUGUGUGUGUGUGUGUGUGUGUGUGUGUGUGUGUGUGUGUGUGUGUGUGUGUUCACCGAAUAAGCUCUCAUUCGGCGAGCUCCUUCAGCAAGCUCUCACUCGACAAGCUCUCACCGGGCAAGCUCUCACUCGACAAGCUCUCACUCGACAAGCUCUCACUCGACAAGCUCCCCUCAGGUUUUUUCAUGCUGUGCGUCUGCUCGUAUGAGUGA